AUGCCAUGUGCUGCGGGCACACAGUUCAGCUCUAAACUGCAGGAAUGUACCUGGCCUCACUUAUCUGACUGUGGUAGUAACGGCGAAGGUGGUGAAGGAGGUGGAAAUGGCGGAGGUGGUGGAGGCGGAAAUGGCGGAGGUGGUGGAGGCGGAAAUGGAGGUGGUGGUGGAGGCGGAAAUGGAGGAGGUGGCGGUGGAGGAAAUGGCGGAGGUGGCGGAGGUGGUGGUGAAGGCGGAAAUGGAGGAGGUGGAAACGGCGGAGGUGGUGGAGGCGGAAACGGCGGAGGUAAUGGUGAAGGCGGAAAUGACGGAGGAAGUGGUGGAAGCGGAAAUGGUGGAGGCAACGGUGGGCCCGGUAAUGGCACCUUCCCAAAUGGCUGCCCUAAAGAUUACAGAAUCGAAAAACUUUUCCCUCACCCCGACUGUGACAAAUUCUUCCAAUGUGUCCACGGUGGUUAUCAAGUAAUGCCAUGUGCUCCAGGUACACAGUUCAGCUAUAGACUACAGAAAUGUACUUGGCCUCACCUUUCUGAUUGUGGUGGAGGCGAAGGCGGCGGCGGAGGUGGUGGAGGCGAAGGCGGCGGCGGAGGUGGUGGAGGCGAAGGUGGCGGCGGCGGAGGCGGAGGCGAAGGUGGUGGCGGUGGAGGCGGAGGUGGUGGUGGCGGAGGCGGAGGCGAAGGUGGUGGCGGUGGAGGCGGAGGCGGUGGUGGAGAUGAUGGUGGCGACUACAUCAACGGAACGUACCCCAACGGCUGUCCUAAAGAUUAUAGAAUUGAAAAGCUGUUCCCCCACCCUGACUGCGAUAAAUUCUACCAAUGUGUCCAUGGUGGCUACCAAGUAAUGCCCUGCGCUCCAGGAACUCAGUUCAGCUACAAAUUACAGAAAUGUACCUGGCCUCACCUUUCUGAUUGUGGAGGUGAUAGCGGAGACGGUGGCGGUGGAGGUGGCGGUGAUGGUGGAGAUGGUGGACCUGGAGGACCUGGAGAAGGUGGUGGUGGUGGCGAAGGAGGCAAUGGCGGCGGAGAGGGAGGACCUGGUGGAGAAGGAGGUGGCGGUGGAGAUGGAGGUGGCGGUGGAGAUGGAGGUGGCGGUGGAGGAGGAGGAGGAGGUGGUGAAGGUGGACCAGGUGGACCUGGUGGGCCAGGAGGACCAGGUGGGCCAGGAGGACCAGGUGGGCCAGGAGGACCAGGUGGGCCAGGAGGACCAGGUGGACCUGGCGGAGAAGGAGGAGAUGGUGGAGAUGGAGGACCUGGUGGGGAUGGAGGUGGUGGUGGAGGAGGCGGAGAGGGUGGACCAGGAGGACCUGGUGGUCCCGGUGGGCCUGGUGGUCCCGGUGGGCCUGGUGGUCCCGGUGAAGGUGGUGAUGGUGGAGAUGGUGGAGACGGAGGACCUGGUGGAGAUGGAGGUGGUGGUGGAGGAGGCGGUGAUGGAGGAGAGGGUGGCCCCGGAGGACCUGGUGGACCCGGGGGAGAUGGAGGAGGUGGUGGUGAAGGUGGCAAUGGAACACUACCCAACGGCUGUCCUAAAGAUUUCUCGAUUCACAAACUGCUACCACACGCCAACUGUAGCAAGUACUACCAGUGUAUUAACGGAGACGUACUUGAGAGAUCGUGCCCGAUUGGUUUACACUUCAAUUAUAAGGAACAGGUGUGCGACUGGCCCGAAUUAGCUGGCUGCGAACCUGGACAACCUGGUAAACCAGACAAACCUGGCGAUAACGAUAGGUGCAAGGAGAACUGCCACGUGCCUUUCUGGAGACACGAUGAUUGCGAUAAGUUUUGGAGGUGCGUUGGCGAGAAAGCCGUGUUAGGGGUCUGCACUGAGGGACUCUGGUUCAAUGAGGAAAAGCAGUCCUGUGAUUUUGCCUGCAACGUUGACUGUCAGAGGAAAGAAGUACAGUCCACGGCCACGUUCGAUGGCUUACGAGUGUUCCUGCCAUGGGAUAAGGUUGACAGUUUGCUGGAAAUCACGAAGAAGACAGACAAAAUCAGAAAUAGAUCCUAUUUUAACUAUUAA